CACCCAUUGGCUGUAAGGGUUGAAUGUAAGAUGGCGCCCAGGGAGCUGUGAGGGGAAAAUCCUGUCGGUCUUGGAGCGGCGACGGCGGAACCGGGGCCCCGAGCGGUGCGGCGGGGCCGGCGGGUAGAGCGGCGGCGGCGGCGGUGGCGGCGACGACGACGUCGCCGGAAUGUUACAAGUCUUAAGAACUCAGGACAAGCAGCAGAAAUACAUGCAACAUGGUGACUGAAACUACUAAGUGCUGGGAAAUUGAAGAUGUAGGAGAACUGCAUCUUUGAAUCCAGCCACAGUUUGCUGCUUGAACACUUUUCUUCCCUUGAAAUGAACCCUAAGGACUCUGCAAUAUGAAUAAUUCCCUGGAAAACACCAUUUCCUUUGAAGAGUACAUCCGAGUGAAGGCGCGGUCUGUCCCGCAACACAGGAUGAAGGAAUUUCUGGACUCACUAGCCUCUAAAGGGCCGGAAGCCCUUCAGGAGUUCCAGCAGACAGCUACCACUACCAUGGUGUACCAACAGGGUGGGAACUGCAUUUACACAGACAGCACCGAAGUGGCUGGGUCUUUGCUUGAACUUGCCUGUCCAGUCACCACCAGUGUUCAGCCACAAACCCAACAAGAACAGCAGAUUCAGGUUCAACAACCACAGCAGGUUCAGGUACAGGUGCAGGUACAACAGUCUCCGCAGCAGGUCUCGGCUCAGCAGCUCUCCCCGCAGCUCACGGUUCACCAGCCUGCUGAGCAGCCCAUCCAGGUCCAGGUGCAGAUCCAAGGCCAAGCACCACAGCCGGCAGCCCCUUCCAUCCAGACCCCGUCUCUGCAGAGCCCCAGCCCUUCGCAGCUGCAGGCGGCCCAGAUCCAGGUGCAGCACGUGCAGGCAGCCCAGCAGAUCCAGGCUGCAGAGAUUCCAGAGGAGCACAUCCCACAUCAGCAGAUCCAGGCUCAGCUAGUGGCUGGCCAGUCUCUUGCCGGGGGUCAGCAGAUCCAAAUCCAGACCGUGGGUGCCCUUUCCCCACCACCGUCUCAGCAGGGCUCACCCCGGGAAGGGGAACGGCGGGUUGGCACAGCCAGUGUCCUCCAGCCAGUGAAGAAGCGCAAAGUGGACAUGCCCAUCACUGUGUCCUAUGCCAUCUCAGGGCAACCGGUGGCUACCGUGCUGGCCAUUCCACAGGGCCAGCAGCAGAGUUAUGUGUCUUUGAGGCCAGACUUACUGACAGUAGACAGUGCCCACCUGUACAGUGCCACUGGGACCAUUACUAGCCCUACAGGAGAAACCUGGACCAUCCCUGUUUACUCUGCCCAGCCCCGUGGGGAUCCUCAGCAGCAGAGCAUUACCCACAUUGCCAUUCCCCAGGAAGCCUACAAUGCAGUUCACGUCAGUGGCUCACCCACGGCCCUGGCAGCUGUAAAGCUGGAGGAUGACAAGGAGAAGAUGGUGGGCACCACGUCUGUAGUGAAAAACUCCCAUGAAGAGGUAGUGCAGACCCUUGCAAACUCUCUCUUUCCAGCACAGUUCAUGAAUGGCAACAUCCACAUUCCAGUGGCUGUGCAGGCUGUGGCAGGCACCUACCAGAACACAGCUCAGACUGUCCAUAUAUGGGACCCUCAGCAGCAGCCACAACAGCAAACUCCCCAGGAACAGACGCCGCCACCGCCGCCACAGCAGCAGCAGCAGCAACUCCAGGUUACUUGUUCAGCUCAGACUGUCCAGGUUGCUGAAGUUGAACCACAGUCACAGCCACAGCCUUCCCCAGAACUUCUGCUUCCAAAUUCUCUGAAGCCAGAAGAAGGGCUUGAAGUAUGGAAAAACUGGGCCCAGACGAAGAACGCUGAGCUAGAGAAGGAUGCUCAGAACAGACUGGCACCCAUUGGGAGGCGCCAACUCUUGCGAUUCCAGGAAGAUCUCAUCUCUUCUGCUGUGGCUGAGUUAAAUUAUGGGCUCUGUCUAAUGACACGGGAAGCUCGAAAUGGAGAAGGUGAACCCUAUGAUCCAGAUGUGCUCUACUAUAUUUUCCUGUGUAUUCAAAAGUAUCUUUUUGAAAAUGGAAGGGUUGAUGACAUUUUCUCCGAUCUUUAUUAUGUUCGAUUCACGGAGUGGCUACAUGAAGUUCUGAAAGAUGUUCAGCCCCGAGUCACUCCACUUGGCUAUGUCCUGCCCAGCCACGUGACUGAGGAGAUGCUGUGGGAGUGCAAGCAGCUCGGGGCUCACUCCCCUUCCACCCUGCUGACCACCCUCAUGUUCUUUAACACCAAAUACUUCCUGUUGAAGACAGUGGACCAGCACAUGAAGCUGGCCUUCUCCAAGGUUUUGCGACAGACAAAGAAGAACCCCUCUAAUCCUAAGGAUAAAAGCACGAGUAUUCGGUACCUGAAGGCUCUUGGGAUACACCAGACUGGCCAGAAAGUUACAGAUGACAUGUAUGCAGAACAGACGGAAAAUCCAGAGAAUCCACUGAGAUGUCCCAUCAAGCUCUACGAUUUCUACCUCUUUAAAUGUCCCCAGAGUGUGAAAGGCCGGAAUGACACGUUUUAUCUGACGCCUGAGCCAGUGGUGGCCCCCAAUAGCCCAAUCUGGUACUCGGUCCAGCCUAUCAGCAGAGAGCAAAUGGGACAGAUGCUGACUCGGAUCCUGGUGAUACGAGAAAUUCAGGAGGCCAUCGCAGUGGCCAACGCAAGCACCAUGCACUGAGAUCCCUAAGCCAUGGUGCAAGGGAGAUGAUCCAGGAAAAAAAAAUGGACAGACUUUCACACUAAAGAAGAGGCCUCCGUUUUUUUCUUUUUCUUUUUUUUUUUUUUUUAAAUUGGUGUAGUUAUGAAGCCUUUCAGACUGCUUCUGUUUAAAAUGUAAAAGGAAACUGCCUCCUGUGCGUCACCGUAAAUCUGCCGCAGCAGAUUCCUCAGCCCGUGGGGGCUCUGGGUUUCCUGAAAGCCAGAUGUCCUAGAAAGUUGCUGGCUGGCUUUUUCUUUUUUGUCUGGGGCCUGGGGAAAGGGCUCGGACUGUUAGGAGAAAUGUGGCCCCUUCCCUUACUCCAGAAAGAUGGAAUUAGUGACGGACCCUCCAGGGAAUCUCCCCAGCUGGCUUCCACUCUGACUGGCAGACGUCGCUGACCACAGGGGAGCCAUGGUCUUUUCUUUCUUCAUGCUCAGACAUAAACUUAGCAUCUUAAUGGAAGGAAAAUGAGGGGAACUUCAAUUAUGAUUUAUUAAAGACAAUUUCUAUUACACCCUCCUUUCUGACAAGUGACAUUUUAGAUGUUAAAGUAAAAACUUUACCAUGCCUUUUUUUUUCUUUUUUCUUUUUUUUUUUUUUUUUUUUUUUGGCCUGACAUUGAGGCCUUAAACCUGAGGCUCCUGUGCCUGAUGGAAUUCUUGUAACAUACACUCGUGUAUCAUAUAAAGAUACCACUCUGUUUCUCUUAUGUAUUCUUAAUCUAGUUUAUUAAGAAUGACAAGCACGUCUUUUCAACA